AUCAGUAGUACUUAAUUACCCGCCGUCUACGGAGCGUCUUUAUCCGCGCCUCCUCUUGUUAUCAGUCUUGUUCCUCGCGUAGUGGGUGUCGCGCAACAUCAUCUUCGAUAUCUCGACCGUCCCGUUCAACGCUCUCUUGCUUUUUUGCCCGUCCUGGGACCACCUACAUCGGUUUCCCGCGCGAAUCCUGUUGGAAAGUUCCACGCAGAGAAAAAGAGAGAGAGAAGCAACAACCACAGAAGUCUCUCUUCGGAAGAGUUCCUCGUGGCACGUCGCACCGUUCGUCCGCCGAGGAAAGCGGCGUGAAGAGAACGACGAAAGAAGAGAAGAGAGAAACGGGCUUUCGAACGAGCGCCAGUGAAAUCGCUUUCCCCCCCGCGGACGUGACAUCGGACGCACUUGCCAGCGAAAACACGUGGCUGCGCGUGGCUCGGCCCCGACAGUCUCCUCCUCGCUUUGAGAAGAGCAGGACUUCCUUGGGACCUCCGUCGUCGCGAAGACAACGUUCAGAUAGGAUACCACGCGAGUUCGCGUCGAGCAUCGUCCCGCGGAGGAGACGCAAAACGAGCUAUCGCGAAACAUCUGCCCGACUGGGACGGUCAGCCCGACGAUUCACAGUGCGGAGUACAGGCUGAGCGCAUUCGCGACGUUCGUUUGUGCUGCAUGGUCGCGACUUCACAGCCCUGAGGAGGAGAGCGGUGGCGCGGCGCCGGAACGGCACCCUACGAGACUGGAACCAUUAAAGAAGUUGAUCCGCGUUGAAAACGAAAACGACCGAUCGUCUCGAUGGUGGAGUGUACUAAUGUUAUAUAAUAGCAUGCCGUUCUCAUAUCGGUACACGUGGAAUCGAGAGAUCAUCGUCGCCUCGCAGAAGCUCGUCAAAAGACGUUGACUAUCCGUCUGCCGGCCUCGCAAUUACAUCUGGGAGGGUCGCACGUUCUUCUUCAUCGUCUACGUCUUCCUCGUGCGAACUGCAACACGCUACGUCGACGUUACUGAAGGAACGAUCGUCAUUGGAAUCAUCGGCCCUUUCCAACCAACUACACCAGACACACACUCUACCCAUCUGAUCUCUCUCCUCCCGUACCUUUAACGAGGAAAACAAACCACGCGCAAUUACCAUGGCUGCCUUAUGUUACAGCGAACCCUUCUCAGAUUGGUUGGAGGAAAAGAUAGAACUGCCUAUAUUUGAGCAAAUACCCUUUUACGAAACCAACAACAAACCGACAAUUGUCUAUCCAAAUGUCGCGAAGGCUUCGCAUCAACAACAACAGCAGCAGCAGCAGCAUGACAAAACACAAACUCUUUUGAAAGAGUUCGAAACGGUUUUGGAUGAUGUCGAAGCUUGCCAUCAGAUCAUUCCAGCAACCAAUUCGACGACGCUAACUCCUCCCCAAUCACCCUCGCAUAAAGCGAUCAAUGUAGACACGCAGCUGCUGGUCACUCUGCAGCCCGUGCAACCGUUCACUGGCAAUCAAUCGAUAUACAACAUUGCUGCACCGCAAGACGACUCCCUGUAUGUGAAUAACACGUCACGCCAGUGGAACACCGAGAACAUAUCGCUGAGCCCGCUCGGCGGGGAUGUUGCGAAUGAUUUAGCGGUGGUGGAUGAAUUUAUUCGCUCGCACACCAAGGAUAUACUAUCUCCCUCAAGCCCCUGUAGCUCCGGUGGCAGUUCCGUAUCGACCGACGAUACCACUGACGAUCCUGAUUGGACUUUCGAAAACGAAAAAAGAAGUUUGAAGCAUACGGUUCAUGACUCUUCGAAACAUCGUCACAAACCGUACUCUCGAUCGUCUCUCGAGGAUAAGAAAGUACGGAAGAAAGAACAGAAUAAGAAUGCGGCCACGCGUUACAGACAGAAAAAAAAGCAAGAGAUCAAGGAGAUACAAGGCGAAGAGCGUGAACUGGCGGAGCACAAUGAGAGCUUAAAGGAGAAAGUGAAGAAUCUACAGCAGGAGAUAGGAUAUCUGAAGGGGUUGAUGAGAGACGUGUUCAAAGCCAAGGGUCUGCUUAAAUAAUCUAUUCGUCCAGAAACCCUCACCGUCGUACAAUAUAUAAUCGUCUGUUAAUUUUACUUAUAUGUGUUAAUUUUAGAUGUUUACUUUCUUUUUGCCACUAACUAUUUUACAAUUGUACUAAUAUUUACAAUAACUUUCACUUUUGUUUAUGUGUUUUCUAUUCGUGAUCUUAUUUCUUAACAAGUAUUUGUUUUUAUGUAUUUUAUAUAUAACGUAUCCGUAAAAAACUUGUCCGCAGCUUUUUAGAAAAAGUCUACAGACUUGUUUUUCUUUUAGAAUAAAAUGUACAUCUCCUGAUUUGUUAAAGAGCGGGGUCCAUCAACAUCGGUAAGCGCGGUGUGUUAGAUAACUCGUGUAAAUUGUCAAGCGUGCUCGCAAAAAUCUAACUAGCGGAAACUGCUUGCUCAUGCGCAUUCCACCAGUUAUCUUUCACACCUCUCGAAUGCGAAUCUUUUCAUUCCGAUUAAUUUUUACCCUUUAUUGCAUAGUUAUAAUUUCAUACGGCAAAUUAUGUAGUGCAGAAUAAAUGGGUUCAAUGAAACAAA